AUGGCGUGGACAGUUAUUGCUGUUUUAGCCAUAUUCCUGGUUGAAACACAAUCGUACCAGCCGUUUAAAGUAUUCGAAAUAAGAAAAGCCAAAAACUACGACCAGAACAUCGACGACCAAUACUACGACACGGACUUCGCCCGAAUCCAGUCAGCCAUCCAUCGAGAGAAGGACGACAGAAGACUUCAGAAGUUAGCAGAAGACAUUGUUAAGCGAUUGCUCUCGUUACCACGGAGAGAGAAGUAUGGUGGUGACAGUGACACAAGAUCUGUAGAUGAUACUAGAAAUGUGAUUGUUAUACCUAGCCAAGAUACCGCUUAUCAAACAAGACCCGCUGAAGAAAACAUCAUACAGAAGUUAAUUCAAUCUGCCCUCAGAAGCGGCGACAAUGACGCUGAGGACAGGACAGCUGCACCAAUGCAUCGGGUCAAAUAUGAUACUAAUGACUAUUAAGGCUACGAAUAUAUGAACCAAAUCCAUUAAUACACUUUGAUAUUGCAAUUUUUAAAUGAUAUCAGCCAAUAUUUUUCUUUGGCAUGUAACUAAGCAACAAGUCUAUUGAGUGACUAAAGGAGAGAUGACAUAAAGUGCGAAUUCAGACUCUUACUCAUGCUAUAGCUUGACA